GAAAUGUAGAGAAACGGACCAUGCGCAUUACCGUUACAGUAAUUUAGCAGAAAAUUUCAAAAUAAAGUAGAUUUUAACUAAUUUUGACGAGCUGUUCCACAAACAUGCCUGUUCCGCAAUAGUGACUCAACUCUCUAUAUAUUUAGCUAGGUCUAGAAACAAUGAGCACACAGCGAGGAAAUGUUUCUCGAACACGAAAGCAGAAGUUUCAAAAUUCCAGAGCUUUCAAAAAUGACAUGCAUGAUAAUUCUCAAAAAACAAAACUGAUAAAUACUAUUACACCAGUGGGUCUGUGUCAACGUUGCAAGGAAAUAAUUGAAUGGAAAAUAAAAUAUAAGAAGUAUAAACCACUUUCUCAACCAGCUACUUGUAUCAGAUGUCAUGGAAAAACUGUUAAGAGAGCAUAUUAUACUGUGUGUAAGCCAUGUGCCACUGAAGCUCAAGUUUGUGCUAAAUGUAAUACCAAACAGGAAAUAGUUGUACAACCAGGUCCAAGUGAACAAGAAAAAAUGAUUCAAGAUGGACAGCUUAAAUUUGAGUUACAACAGCUCAAGGAAAGACAACGAAGAGCUUUUUUUAGACACUUAGAAAAGGGAGAGAAUCCUACUGAAGCUUUAUCAGCAGCUGGGGCUUGUGCAGAAGAUAGCAGUGAUGAAGAGUUUAACGACAGUGAUGAAAAUUGUGACCUAGAUAGUAAUAGUGAAACAUGAUAAAUAAAAAAAAGUUAUGUUUAAAGAAUAUUAUUAAAUGAGAUCUUUCAUUGCA